AUGGGUCUAGGACUUAGUACUGAAGGUUGUGACACCCUCAAAACAUGGCUUUCACAUGAGUUCAUCCGACAAGAUCCGGGCACAUCAGCACAAUGCGCAGACUUUAUCCUUGAUGUUCUGGAUAGUUUGCCAAGCAUUGAUCACAUCCAAUAUGAUACAGACACCAUUCAACGGGUGGAGUCACACUUGGCAGGGAUUGUGGACGAUCCAACUGUCUUGGUUGGUAAGCUUCCAUCAAAAUUAAAGGAAAUCAAACACAUCGAGGAAAAACAGCAGGAAUUAAAGCCCUCUAAGUCCGUGAUUAUAUGUAAUACACCGAUACGCUACCUUGACGAAAAGGCUAUUAAAGGCACUUUUAAACCUUUUGGAUCCAUCCAGUCGUGUAAAAUAAACUUACAGCACAGGCAGGUGGUGAUUGAGUAUCAGAACGAAUCAUGUGCGAUCCGGUGCACUAAAGCCGCAACGGUAUUCUUUGGCAACCGGUUUGUCACCGUCAAUCUGUUCCAUGACUCUUUGGAGAAUUUUGAUGGCAGUACCCUUUUCGAGAUCCUAAACCCGAAUAAGCCCAUUGAAGACUCUAUACGGUUGGGAAAGUCCAAUGAUAGCGCUCCUGAGGAAAAUAAUAUCAACAAGGAUGUCCGCAAGGUUCAAAACAUGCCCCAGGCCUUAUUUGAGAAUAACCAGAAUCCUAGUGAAGCUCUUGAGACCAAUCUAGAUGAUCUUUUGGACUCCCGGGAGGAACUACUGAAAGUCCACCAAACGACCUUGCGCAAACUACUGAGAAAAACCGAGGAGCUCAAUGAAACUGAAGAAGGAAAUAAUUUGGAAAGUAUAACAUCCGAAUUACUUGAACUUGAAAGGAGUAUGCAAAAGCUUGGAAUCAAACAUGACACGAUGCUGGAGCUCAAGUUGCGAAAAAUGAACAGGGAUCAUCCUGGAGAGCUUACGAUUGAGGAUGGUGCCGCAAAGAAAAAGCGUGCAAGAAAAUUAAAUGUAUUGAGGAGAAAGCUGAAGAGGCGGAGGUGA